GAUGACAGCAGUAGGGAGCGAGAUAGCUCAGCUGGGGCUAAACUAACUGGCCAGCGAAAGCAAGCUAACUGAAUAUUUUACUUUGAAUUGAAUAAUUUAACUAGCUAGCUACUUAGCUAGCUAUUGACGUUUCUGUCUUGCAACAUCGUAGUUAGCAAGUUAGUUACUAACAUUGGCAAAUAGCUUGUCUUACAUUUAGCUGGCAUGACCUGAUGUUAAUGUUGCCAACUCGCCAUGUUAGCUUAGCUAGUUAUAUCAUUUUUAGCUAGCUUGCUCGGUGACAUACUUGCGUAGGUUAUGCUCAGAUAAGUUAGCUAUUAACUAGCAAGCUAGUUUGUGUCAAUAUUUCAUCAAAACAAGUGUUAUUUUGAAUGAAUGAUUAGCUUUUUUGGCCAGCUGGCAGUUAGCUUAUUCUGCUUGGCUUAGCAUAGCUAGCGAGUUAGUUGUAGCUACAGUAUUUGUUAGCGAGCUAGCUUUGUGGCUAGGUAAGUUAACGCAUAGCCAGUUUCAUUACCAGAGAGGCAAUAGCUAGCUCGCUAUACUCACAACUGCAGUGGUCACAUGCUCUGGCUUGGAAAGCUGCAUGAUUCAAUCCAGCAUUCACACACUUUCAUUUUAUUCGUCUAAUCAAUUCUUACGAUUGGUUGAUUAACGUUAGUUGACUCAGGUGUGUUACUACAUGGCUGUCUGGAGCAACAUAUGUCCCGACAUACCAGAUGACUCCGGUGAGGCCCAGGCAAGCAGCAGUGCUGUUGUGCCAAAAGGGUCCAAUAAGAGACGAGCUGCGCCAGACUUCGAUGAUGAUGAUGAUGAUGGAAGCAAGCUCUUCAGAUCUUCUCUGUCUUUGACCAGGUGUGAUGAUGAUGAAGGAGGAGGAGACAAAGAGCGAUUUGCCAGGGAGAACCACAGUGAGAUAGAGCGGCGGCGGAGGAACAAGAUGACUGCUUACAUCACAGAGCUGUCGGACAUGGUUCCCACCUGCAGCGCGUUGGCACGGAAACCAGAUAAGCUGACCAUCCUGCGCAUGGCCGUGUCCCACAUGAAGUCUCUGAGAGGGAGCGGCAACACUGCAGCAGACGGGACAUACAAACCAUCCUUCCUCACCGACCAGGAGCUGAAGCACCUGAUCCUGGAAGCUGCUGAUGGCUUCCUGUUUGUGGUGUCGUGUGAGAGUGGGCGGGUCGUCUACGUGUCAGACUCCCUGACCCCUGUUCUUAACCAAUCACAGUCCGACUGGCUAGGCUCCUCACUCUACGACCAGCUCCACCCGGACGACGGAGACAAACUACGAGAGCAGCUCUCUACUGCAGAGAGUAACAAUACAGGGAGGAUGUUAGACCUGAAGACAGGAACAGUUAAGAAGGAGGGACAGCAGUCCUCCGUCAGGAUGUGUAUGGGAGCCAGACGAUCCUUCAUAUGUAGGAUGAGAUGUGGUUCAUGUCCAGUGGAGCCCAUGUCUAUGAACAGAUUGAAUUUCCUGCGGAGCAGGAACAGGAAUGGUCUGGGCCAACCCAAGGAUGGAGAGCCUCAGUAUGUGGUGGUCCACUGCACUGGAUACAUCAAGUCCUGGCCCCCCACAGGGGUGAAUCUAACAGAUGAGGAAGCAGACAAUAUUCAGGGGAGUCGCUACUGUCUAGUCGCCAUCGGUAGACUUCAGGUGACCUCUUGCCCGAGCGACACAGACAUAAACAGCAUCAGCGUUCCGGUGGAGUUCAUCUCUCGUCACAACUGCCAGGGCCUCUUUACCUUCGUAGACAACCGCUGCAUGGCCACAGUGGGCUACCAGCCUCAGGAACUGCUGGGUAAGAACAUCUUGGAGCUGGCCCACCCUGAGGACCAGGAGCUGCUGAGGGACAGCUUCCAGCAGGUGGUCAAGCUGAAGGGUCAGGUGCUGUCCGUCAUGUUCCGCUUCCUGUCCAAGACCAGAGACUGGCUCUGGAUCAGGACCAGCUCCUUCACCUUCCAGAACCCCUUCUCUGAGGAGAUAGAGUACAUCAUCUGUACCAACGCCAACGUCAAAACCUCGACUCAGGACACCCUCACCCCCCUCUCGUCCUCAGGGGUGUCUUUGCCCCCCUUGCUGGGGGAGAGCAGUCCUAACUUCCCUCCUGUAUCCCACAGCCCAGGGCAGGUGGCUGCCAGACAGUUGCAGCAGCAGCAGCAAGCAGAGUUGGGGGGAGGAGGGAGAGAUGGUCUGUACGAGGCAGGGCAGGUUACACUUCCACAGGCCAUGACCACAGCUGGAACUGACCACAGUAAGACCAGGGACAAGGCAGAGAUGCACCCCUCCAUGUACCCCAACCCAGACCAGGCCAAGUUCCUGCCCUCCACCUCUGCCCCCGGAGCACCCAUCUACCCUCAGGACAACAACUACACCACUGCCAACCGCUCCAACGAAACAUACAGCAGGUCAGUAGGGAUGGCUCAGAUGGUGCAGCCAUCCCAUUCCCCAGGCCAGGGGAUGGCUCAGAUGGUGCAGCCAUCCCACUCCGCAGGCCAGGGGAUGGCUCAGAUGGUGCAGCCAUCCCACUCCGCAGGCCAGGGGAUGGCUCAGAUGGUGCAGCCAUCCCACUCCGCAGGCCAGGGGAUGGCUCAGAUGGUGCAGCCAUCCCACUCCGCAGGCCAGGUGCUGGCUCAGAUGUCCCGUCAGAACGGGGCACCCCCCUCCAACAGCAGCCCCCUACAGGGAGGGGCAGCGGUGAGCUGGCCGGGGCCAGCAGCAGGGGCUAGACCCCCCUUCAAUAUCCAGCAGGUGGUGCCCCAGGCAGGGAAGGCCCUGUCUCCCCAGUUUGCCAUGGGGAGUUUUGUUGGGGGCUCUUCCUCCUCAUUUGGGGCGAUGCCCACCACUGCCGCUCCGACCCCCACCAUGGGGGAUAACUACCCAAAUAUCAACCCCCGCGCCAGCCUCAAUACCAACGGAUACGAUGGCUUGGGGUCGGGGCAGCAGUUCUCCUCCAGGGCAGCGGAGGCAGUGUGGCCCCAGUGGCAGGGCCAGCAGCAGGCUCAGAACAGGGCAGAGCAGCACCUCCACACACAGAACAACCAGCCUGACAUCUUCCCUGAUGUUCUCGCCAUGCUGGACCAGCCGGCCAACUUCAACAACGAUGACUUUGAGAUUCCCAUCUACCCCUCUUUCAACGAGUGACCCCACAUACACUCUUCCACUUACCUCCUCUGUCUCUCAAAUGUCUCCUUCUCUCUCAUUUGGUGCACCUUUGCUCUCUUUCUUGGCCUUUCGUGAUCCAAAGAGAGCAUGUCUAAUUAUCGCUCAGAUGAUUGUACUGCCAGGGUGGAGAAAGCGAGUUAAUCGGGGAAAAGAGAGAGUGAAAUCAAGUAUAGGUAUGCAAAUGCAGGUUCAAUAAACACGUGAAAGGGGGAGAGAGAGAGAAGAGAUCAGGGUUCAGCGAUAGUUGGGCAAAUGUAAAAUGACAUCUGUAGCUAGCACUGCCCAAGAUCCACAGCCAGUGGAUUUGUUGUAGAUCCCACCCACCAAUCCCACCUGAGCCCUGAGGCAGGCACUGCUUCACCAGUAACACACAAACAUGGCCUUUCACUAACCGAGUCAGUUGUGUGUUUAGAUCUAUGCUGCUCCACUGGUCUGUACAUCAUAUGGAUAGAUCAGUCCAAUCAUUCACUUGAAGUCUCUGGCAAUCCAGGUGAUCUACAGCUUUGGGGGAAUAUGUGGGAAUAUAUAUAUAU